GCAGCUCUCGCCUAUGAGCAAGGCCAUCAGUAUGUGUUGCCGAUAUGGGGUGGUGAGCAUGCCAGACUUUCUCCAUGUUUACGUCUCGCUGCGAUGGUUCCGGAACCCUCAUCUGAAGCUCCAGCGAAGAGCUUCACCGAUAUACAAACUCGAAACGGGUCGAUCUACACGCAUCCUGGCCUCCUUAGCCUGCCUCCAAGUUCCGGUACUAGCUCUUCAUCUGGAAAAAGACAUCGUUUUUCGAUUAUUGUUCCUGAAUCCGUCACAGACCAGAUCAUUCUCAAGUGCAAAGCGAUUGCCUCUGGAACCAGCGUAACUCAUGUUUUCAUAGCGGCUUUGGCAAUGGCGCUAUCCGAAUUGCAACCACCGAAAGAGGAGUCGUAUGCGGUUCGCUAUGUAAACCAUAGUAUGAUCAAUUUACGCCCUUACUGCCGCGCCCCAUACAAUACCCGUGAGCAUGCGGCCGCCCCCUACCACACUGUCUCAGCACAGGCAUUGGGCAUAGACUUGGUUGUACCGGGACCCCCAAUCGACGGAAAGGAUGACGGUCAGAUAAAUGAAUUGUCGCAAGUUGCGACCCAGGUCCGAGACUAUUUCAGGACAGUCCGGCCAACAUCUUCUCAAGAUGAACAGAUCGCCGUGUCUCCUUUGAUGUUUAAAAGUCUCACAACACCGCCCGGUUCGGACCCCCAUAUAGUGUCAGACCCCCCUUUCUGCCCCGCUGUCAUUUCUUCGCUCGGAAACAUAGGCUCGAUAGUGUCAGCGUCUCAUGGGCCUUUUGAGCUUACGAAUGUCUGGGCCGCUAGCGAACCUAUCGGAGCCGGAGUGGCGAUCUUUCUUGGCACUUGGAAUGGAAGGAUCGAGCUUUCCGGAGUAUUCGACACAAGAUAUCAUGAUUCAGGAUAUAUUAGGAAGUUCCUAGAGCGUAUGUUGGAUUCUGUUUCUGGGGGUCUGGAUGUUGAUAACUGUACUGCCCCUAUUCGCGUCACCCCUAAUGAGGAAAAGUAGAAAGCGUACAUACAAAGGGAUCAACUUAUCGUAGCCGUCGUGAAGAAAAAUGUAAAAUAACAC